GAGCUGGAUGCCAUACUUGGGUGUGACCCCACUGCCAAUCCAAGGAGCACGAUGGAGAGUUCAAAGCAGGGAGAAGUGAGGGAGGGUGUAGAGGAAGCCGAGAGUGAGGCUACUGGGGUGCAGGGAAACACCCCGGAGUCCCAGGAGGCAUGCAGCCAGGAGCUCUUCUCAAGCCAGGAGGAGGCUAGCCAGUCGCAGCAGCUGGAACUUGUUGGUGAAGAGGAAGCAGAGGAGCAUGUUCCCAUGACCUUGAAUAAUCCAGCUCUAUCACCGCCUGCACGAAGGUUACAGAACUUGAGGAAAAAUCCUCGAAAAUCAAAAGAAGAUUUGAUCAAAGCAGUUAUGAAUCAGUACGCCAGAGACAGUAAGAGGCUGCAGGACUGGAGAGAGAAAAUGCAUGAGUGGAGACAAACACAGAGCAGGAGAAAGGAAUUGGCUACCAAGAAAAGCACAAAGCAGCUGAUAAGCCUCCUGGCUCGCCAAACUGACUGUAUGCAGUCUCUCGUAGCCAUGCAGGCAGAUCAGUACCGUGGUAACCCCUACCCCUCCCAAAGUUCUCUCUCUUGUUCCCCAGUGUUUGCACAAAACAUCUUUCUCCAGCAGCCUGGUUCUUACCACCACCAGCUGCCCCCAACACCUGUAUGUUCACCUACCAGCCCUGAGAACUACUACCCUUACCCUAUGCACUCAACCCCCAUCACGAUGCAGCAUAUUAAUCCUGAAGUGCAGCAGGCAUUGAACAGCAAUCCAAGCAGGACAUAUUCAAACCUCUGAAUGUACA